CUGUCCCGCCCAGGUGAGUUGUCACCAGGUAGAAAGGGGGCGGAGCCAUACCUGGCCAAGAAGGAAAGGGAAGCAGUAAGGAAGGAAAGAAAGAAAGAAGGAAGAAAAGAAAGAAAGAAAGGAUUCCAUAAAGCCAGAGCCAUAGAUCCCUUCACACAGGAGUGCCAGGAUGGCACCCGACGAUGGCACCGAAUGGCUUCUUCAGCUCUUAACCGAGAUCCAACUGGAGCAGUUCUAUAGCAGGAUCCGAGAUGAACUACAUGUCACUCGUCCGGGACACUUUGACUACGUCAAGCCGUCCGACCUGGAACGUAUUGGCAUGGGGCGACCAGGACAGAGACGGUUGGAGGAUGCCUUAAAACGUAGGCGGCCCCAAGGCCAGCGCCCCAUGUCCUGGGUCUAUAAGAUGUUCACUGGGGGACGGAGCCCAGAGCAGGAAGAUGCCCCACAUCCCACCCCACCAGCAGCGGCUCCUUCGGUGCCCAGAGUGGAUGCCGAGGCCUCCUUGAAAUGUCUGAUCAGUGAGUGGGACCUGCGGCUGCGCGAACGGCUGGGCGAUGGAUGCUUUGGGGUCGUGCACCGGGCCGAAUGGACCGCCCCAGGAGGAGGCAUUAUCCCGGUCGCCGUGAAAACGCUUCGCUCUGACGUCUCUGCCGAUCCAGGGGCCCUGAUCGACUUCCUCAACGAAGUCAACGCCAUGUGCUGCCUGCACCACCCCAACCUCAUUCGCCUCCAUGGGGUGGUCCUCACCCAGCCCCUCAAAAUGGUAACAGAACUGGCCCCGCUGGGCUCCCUCUACGACCGUCUCCGCCCGCCCUUCCCGCUCCACCGGCUCUGGAGCUACGCCUCUCAGGUAGCUAAUGGCAUGGCCUAUUUGGAAGCCAAGCUCUUCGUCCACCGGGACUUGGCUGCCCGCAACAUCCUCCUGGCCUCUGAAGAGCAGGCCAAGAUCGGGGACUUUGGCCUGAUGCGACCGCUGUCCAGCAAGAGUGACCGCUACAUCAUGUCGGCCCACCGGCGCAUCCCCUUCGCCUGGUGUGCCCCGGAGAGCCUGCGCAUGGGCGUCUUCACCAGCGCCUCGGACGUCUGGAUGUUCGGCAUCACUCUUUGGGAGAUGUUUUCGUACUGCGAAGAGCCCUGGAUGGGACUCUCGGGGAGGCAGAUUAUGCUGAAGAUCGACAGAGAAGGAGGGCGCCUGGAACGUCCGGCCGAUUGUCCGAGGGCGAUUUACGCUUUGGCCCUAAAAUGCUGGGCCCACAAUCCGGAGGAGAGACCCCACUUUCGGGAAAUUGUGAACCUUUUGCAGGAGCUCCGUCCAAAGGAAGUCAAGGCUUUGCAGGAGUUGAAUGAGCCCGGCUGGCUGCGGCUGGAGGCCAAUGACGCCAUCACGGUUAUCGAAGGCAGUCCUGACUCGUCCACAUGGAGAGGGCAGAACAAGCGGACCCUGAAAGUGGGCAUCUUCCCAUCAUCCAUUGUGGCAGCCGUGGAGGAAACUGCGCCCCCUGGUGGGGCUCCCCGGAUCAGCCUCCCCAUCCGGAGCUCCUUUGUCCAUUUAGGCCACGGGGACAUUGACCCUGAAAGGGCCUGGGGAUCCCCCGAACGCAUGGAGGAGAAAAAAGGGAAGCCACGAUCAGGGAACGCCAGCCCACAGAACCCAACCAAAGGCCAGCAGUUGCUACAAUUGGCACGCCUCUCCAAAAGCCUGGAGUCCAUUUCGGAUUUCAGCAUCCUUCGCGCCAAGCCCAAGUUCCCUCCCUGCAAGGCCGAACGGCCCGGUGCCAACGCCCAGCGGCGUUUCAGCGACCUGCCACCCCCAAUGCCACCACCGCCGCCCCCAGAGCCCCAUCGCCUGCCCAAACUGCCCCCACGUGUCCCCAACCCGGCUCUGCCCACCUGGGCGCUCCCCAAAUCCGAGGCUCCGGGAACCCGAGAGAAAGAGGCGGCAAGGACCCAAAGACCGCCGGCGGUCAAAGGCGUGUUGGCAUUGCCCCCGGCUCCUUCCAGCGGGCAGAGGCCCACCCUGGGAGACAUCGAGAAGAAGGUCAAGGAGGUGGAAGAGCGGGUGCAUGGGUCCACAACAGAGGAAUGCCGCGAGGCCUUGAGGUUGCAUGGCUGGGAUGUCCAAAAAGCUGCUCAGAUGCUCAAGGUGGACCAGCUCUUCCACUUGAGUUCCUUCUCACGUGAAGAGUGCCGACGAAUCCUCGAAAAGCACCGCUGGAACCUGGCCAUGGCCUCCCGCUACGUCCUCAGCCGCGGCCUCCGAGCGUAACCCUCUGGAAACAGGCCCAAACAGUGCUGAAUGUCCAAGUCUUCCAAGGAGAAGAGAGGUCUAGUUGUCCUCUUGGUGUGUGGAUGGAGCCCAAGGCAAGCAGGAAGAGUAUCUAUAUGUCCAUCUCUUAGUACUGCAACAUCCAUAAGCGAACCAUUCCUUGCUCAGUCCCAGAACUUUGCUUGACUCUGGCAUCCAAUUCAAGUGGAACCUUUGAUCCACAUUUGCCGCAGUUUGGUUGUGGGUGUGAGACCGAAAUGGACACCAUCGGGAAGGAGAAAUCUCCCAGGAUUUUAUUUACUUUGGGGGAAUUAAAGUGGACCAUGCAGUUUCCAUCCCCAGCCUUGCAAAUAUAGUCAGAACUCUCCAGGUGUGUCUACACUGUAGAAUUAAUGCAGGUUAACACUACUUUUCCUGCCAUGGCUCAGUGUUAUAGUUUGCUGAGGACUCAGCACUCUUUGAUAGAGAAGACUAAACUUCAACUCCCGGGUUUCAGUAGCAUCGAGCCAUGGCAAUACUGAACUCAUUAGAGCAGGCCAGGUGUUUUGGACUCCAACUCCCACAAUUCAACUCCCAAAUUCUAAUCAUAAUAUUCAUAACAUGAAUUAAAGGAGUGUAUUAACUCAGGCAUGGGCCAACUUGGGCCCUCCAGGUGUUUUGGACUCCAACUCCCACAUCUAUGGCAGGCAUCCUCAGAGGUUUGUUAGAGACUAGGCAAGUCGGGUUUAUAUAUAUUCCUGUGGAAUGAAUUCCAGGGUGGGAGAAACUCUCAUCUGUGGGAGGCAAGUGUGAAUUUUGCAAUUGGCCACCUUGAUGAGCAUUGAAUGGACUUGCAGCUUCAAAGACAGGCUGAUUGUUGCCUGGGGGAAUGCUUUGUUGGGAGGUGUUAGCUGGCCCAGAUUGUUUAUGUGUGGAAUAAUGUCCGGGGUAGGAAAAAGAACUCUUUGUCUGUUGGAAGUGGGAAUGUUGCAGUUGGCCACCUUGAUAAGCAUCCAAUGGCCUUGCAGCUUCAAAGCCUGGAUGCUCCCUGCCUGUGGGAAGAGUUCUUUCUCCCACCCUAGACAUUACUCCACAGAUAUAUAUUUUGGAGGCAGGUGUGAAUGUUGCAACUGGCCACCUUGAUUAGCAUUCAAUGGCCUUGCAGCUUCAAAGCCUGGCUGUUUCAUGCCUGGGGUAAGAGUUCUUUCUCCCAGCCUAGAUAUUAUUUCACAGAUAUAUGUUGGAGGCAGGUGUGAAUGUUGCCAUUGGCCACCUUGAUUAGCAUUCAAUGGCCUUGCAGCUUCAAAGCCUGGAUGCUCCCUGCCUGUGGGAAGAGUUCUUUCUCCCACCCUAGACAUUAUUCCAUGGAUUUAUAUGUUGGAGGCAGGUGUGAAUGUUGCAACUGGCCACCUUGAUUAGCAUUCAAUGGCCUUGUAGCUUCAAAGCCUGGCUGCUUCAUGCCUGGGGUAAGAGUUCUUUCUCCCAGCCUAGAUAUUAUUUCACAGAUAUAUGUUGGAGGCAGGUGUGAAUGUUGCCAUUGGCCACCUUGAUUAGCAUUCAAUGGCCUUGCAGCUUCAAAGCCUGGAUGCUCCCUGCCUGUGGGAAGAGUUCUUUCUCCCACCCUAGACAUUACUCCACGGAUUUAUAUGUUGGAGGCAGGUGUGAAUGUUGCAACUGGCCACCUUGAUUAGCACUGAAUGGCCUUGUAGCUUCAAGGUCUGGCUGCUUACUGCCUGUUUAUAUACCUAUAUAUAUAUGUCAGGAGAGAAUGCCUCCAGAAAACUCACAGCAACCCAAUAGUAAUAUGGUUAACUUUCCCCUCCAAUCCCAGUAUCCCAGCCCUAUACACCCACCAUCAUGGGAUACCUGCGAUGGGGGACGGCUAACAGCACCAGGCUGUGCUAGAAGUGAUACUUGUUUGCGGUUUCAUAGAGCUGGAAAAGACAGAUACAUUAUCCUUUCUUAAAAAUUGCUACUAAGUAGUUAAGAGACAUCUGUUUUGCAAGGCAGGUGCCCUGGAUUCCAGUCGUUGGCACCACAGUUUUAGAGCUCGAGGACCACAUCCAAGAGCCAUUGCAAAUCUGCAUAUAUAUAGACAGAGUGGACAGCAGUCAGUGGUUAGGAAUUGUGGGAGUUGAAGUCCAAAACACCUGGAGGGCCCAAGUUGGCCCAUGCCUGCUCUAGAGUGCAGCUGCACCCAAAGGAUCUCAAUGCCUCCAUCUUUGGACCUGUGCACCAAACGAAGCCUUGCUUUUCCAUAAAGGACCUUUCUUGUUGUAUGUAUAGAAUCAGCUACAGGUCUUCUAUCCUAGGUUUUAUGGACCAGAGUUUUCCAGAAGCUUGCCAUGCUUUUCCUCUGAGGCUGAGAGAGUGUGCUCAUUUCCUUUUUGUAAACAAACAACAACACUGUUUGUUGGGAUUUCGGUGCCUUCCAAGUCAUUUCUGACUUACCGUGACAUUAAAAUGGGGAUUUUUAGGGCUGAGAGUGUGUGACUCACCCAAAGCUUCCCAAUGGGUUCUUGUAACUCAGGAUUCCUAGUCUCUUUUACCAGUUUUCAAACCAAGUCAACUUUGGGGAUUUUCUUGGUGAGGUUUCUCCUAGAUUUCCUACCAUGGCGUUCCUCUGAAGCUGAGAAUUCCCAGGUUUGCGCUAGGAUUGAAACCCUGACCCCUCUGAAUGCGAAUCCACACCCAGACCACUAUUUUGUGCUAACAGACUCGAAAAUCCCAUUUCCACCCACCCACCCCUGGACUUUGUCCAAAUGCAAAUGUAAAUCAGUUUCCUUUUGUAAAUACAAUGUAAAUGGGUGAAUAAAUGUGCUGUUCAGUAAA